AAGUGGCCUGCUUCUGGGGUGCUUUCUUCCUAUCAAUGUUGUCUCAACUGUAUAUGGCUCUUGGGACUGCUAUAGCUAUCUUCUCCUCAAAACCAGUUUCUUCUUUAUCUUCCUAUUUCCAUCACUGGCACCUCUCUCAUUUUCUGUUACCAAGUCCUAAAGCAAUUUUGACUUCUCCUAACCCUUAACCUUAAGCCUCUAAUCCUUCAGACACCUGGUUGCUAUGUAACCUCUCUACAAGAGUGUCGACCCUGUCACUUGCCCCGUCCAUAUCCUCAGUGACUCCUCCAAAACCGACAGUGAAAGGUUCAAACCUAUUCUAUGAGACUCAAGACAACAGACAACGAAGGGCAAGAGAGAAUACGUCAAACGAGUUGAGUGCGUGAGACUUCAGAGGUCAGUUUUUCACGCCAGAAUUUCAAGAUGUGAGAGGCUAAAAGACGUCCCAAGUACAUAAAACAGAACCUGCAAAUAAGAGUGAAUGACGAAUAGAAAGACCACCUCAACCUGUCCACCUCCCUACGGCCGCAGAAGUUAUGAUUCAAGGAAUAAUGAGACUCUAAAUCCUUUAAAAUUCUACAAGAGCAGCCUUUGCCAAACCCAGCGGGGAGUGGCUGCUCGGUGCCAGCGCGAGAAGCACGUAGACUGCCGAUGCCAGAGAAGCCCGGUGCGGGCUCCGUGCUUUCUCUCCGUUCCAAGAAGACCCCAGCUCGUCGCCAAAUCUUCUUGCCGCUUCCCGGUCUGCGCGCCUACGCUGCCGGUUUCCCGACAAAAGCGACGGCGCCCUGGGGAAAAGCAGACGCCCCUCAUCGGUUUGCGCCUUGCAGCUCAACUAUGCCCCAGCCUCCCACAAGCCACCUGCCCGCGCCCUCCGCCAGGCGUCCCGCCCGGACCUGCCCCCGCGGCCGCCAAGGCGCACGUGAAGCUCCCGGGAGCGGGGAGCGCAAGGAGGCGGGAGUUUGCGGACGCGAACCCAGGCCUGAGAAGGGAAGCGAUUCCGGGGCGCACGCGCAGAGCCAGGAGACCGGGCGGGGCGUGCCUCCCGCAGAGGUUACGGAGGAAAGGCGAGCGCGUGGCGCUCAGGAGCCCGCGCACGCGCUGUGGUCUCGCCCCGCCCAUGAGCGUCCGCGCGGCCGUCGUAGCAUCUUUUCUUCAGAUCCGCCCGGCUCGUCUACUUAACCUAGCGGAGGCUUGGAGCGAGAGCAGGGAAGUCUGGGGCGAGGUGGGCGGGGCGUCGCACGCGUGCGCGGCCAGCGAAAAAAGGGAGGGGGCGGGAGAGAUCCGAGACAACGUUACCCCGUCAACACCCAAUCAGGAGCCGGCCUGACCCCGCCCCCCUCUCCUCACGUUAUUGGCUGGGAGGCCCCCAGAUGGGCGGGGCCGGCCGUG